GGUAUAUGCCGGAUAAUUUACCCGGUUACUAAAUGAGUAACAGGCAUGUAGAGAGUGCAUACGUUUUGUCUCGUAUGAAAAUCAUAUAAGCUGAAAAUACGCAUAUGUAUGAAACCGCGUCUUGGUCGUGUUCAAUAACCUAUCGUUACGGUUUUCAUGUGUUUAGUGUGAGACACAAACCACCGUUGCUAUUGCUCUCAGAUACAGCAUCCCCUAGUUUCUUAGCUCUAUUAUCGAAGAACGGCUACGACGAGACAAUGCUCUGGAGGACCGUCACUCUUGCUGUGCUCUUCGCGAAGAAUGUGUCCGCGCAAGUGCAAGGGUCAGCGGAUUUCUUGAGAUUUGGCUGCUCCCAACUUGUCGUCGAGAGGAUCGACCCCCUGGUAACCCCGGGAUCAAAUCCCUCUCCACAUACACAUCAAGUUGUCGGAGGGAACUCUUUCAACACUACGAUGGACCCCGAUACUAUUGACCCUCCCGCCCAAUCAACCUGCACCUCUUGCAGCUAUGUCGAAGAUACCAGCAACUAUUGGACUGCUUCGAUCUACUUCAGGUCCCCUGAGAAUGGGACGUUGAAGCGAGUACCUCAGAUGGCAAACGGGCGUCUGAACGGGACAUUGUUAGAGCAGGAUGGGGGGCUUACAGUAUACUAUAUGAGGCCGUUCGGCGGCCGUAAUAAGAAGACGGUUGUCCCUAAGCCUGGCUUCCGGAUGCUUGCGGGAGACCCUACACUUCGCAAUAAAGCAGGGAAUUUUGCAAAUAUCUGUCACCGUUGUCUGAAAGCCAGCGAACGCAUUUUGGGAGGCAACGGCGCGCCCUGCGACGCUUCCGAUACAGCAGCCUUUCCUAGCAAGAUGUGCCCCGGUGGCAUCCGCGCUACCAUCAUUUUCCCCUCCUGCUGGGACGGCAAGAAUCUCGAUAGCCCUGACCACAAAAGCCAUGUCGCAUACGCAGCUGGGUCAGCGUUGGCAGGUGACAAAUGUCCGAGUACACACCCGGUCCGCAUCCCCCAAGUGAUGUAUGAGAUCAUGUUUGAUACAACUCAAUUCAACAACCCAGAUUACUGGAAAAAUGGGAAACAGCCAUUUGUCUACAGUUUCGGUGAUCCAACUGGGUAUGGAGCACAUGGAGAUUACCUAUUCGGGUGGAAAGGAGAUGCCCUACAGCGUGCCAUGGAUGCACUUGGCUCCAAAUGCGCAAGUGAGGACUGCACAAAAGUUCUGAAGAUACAAUCUGGAAAGGAUGCUAUUGCGUGUACCAAGGCACAACUUGCCAAAGAGGACGUCGGCUCUUCCACAUGGCUCGAAACUCUGCCUGGAAAUAUGCCUAUCAGGUAAUGAAGCACUAAAAGUGACAACUGCUUCCUAGUUGUAUGUUCGGUGAGUUAUCCUUUGGGUUUCGCCGAGUAGUAAUUAUACAAUAAAGAUGCUUGAUAACGCACU